AUGUCGUGGAAUAUCACAAAGAAGCUGAAGGAAACGCAUUUAGCGCCCCUAGCUGCCUUUGGACGCUCAUCGUCGACAUCGACGAUCAAGGGCGAACCCGCCGAAGAGACCACCCCAGUACCAUCGCAACGACCCACUAUAACAUCACAAGUCUCCAAUGGAAUUGUCGACUCCGAGGCCCUAGUAUCACCCCCGGUUGCUUUAGUCAAACCCGGUAUAUUGAUCGUGACUCUUCACGAAGGAAAGGGGUUUUCGCUAUCUCCCCAUUACCAACAGAUAAUCAAUUCCCAUUUUCAAAAUCCGAAUGGCCCUAUACGCCCGAAUUCCUCCUCCUCACACUCCGCGCAGACCGCAGGGUCUUAUACACAACCUGCCCGCCCCCAGUCUACCAGCAGUGGUAUCAACGCCGCACCUACAAUUCACGGCCGCUACCUGACCAAGUAUCUCCCAUAUGCGCUUCUCGACUUUGAUAAGAACCAGGUCUUCGUCGAUGCCGUGUCUGGAACUCCCGAAAACCCAUUAUGGGCUGGCGACAACACCGCCUUCAAAUUCGAUGUUUCGCGACAAACCGAAUUGAGUAUACAGAUAUAUCUCCGCAACCCAGCUGCUCGGCCAGGAGUUGGGCGUAGUGAAGAUAUAUUUCUUGGAGCUACCAAGAUGCAACCGCGUUUGCAAGAAAAUACGACUUAUGUGGAAGACCCCAAAUUGAGCAAAAAGGAAAAUCAAAGAGCGGCAGCUGAGCAAGAAAGAACUGUGGGUCAGCUGGGAACUGAAUGGCUGGACUUGCAGUUUGGGACCGGUUCGAUCAAAAUUGGACUGUCUUUCGUGGAGAAUAGGGCUCAUAGCAUGAAGCUAGAAGAUUUUGAGCUUUUGAAAGUUGUUGGCAGGGGAUCAUUUGGCAAAGUUAUGCAAGUGAGGAAGAAAGAUACCAAACGUAUCUAUGCGCUUAAGACGCUCCGCAAAGCACACAUUAUCUCCAGAUCCGAAGUUGCACAUACUCUCGCUGAACGAUCAGUGCUGGCCCAGAUUAACAAUCCAUUCAUCGUACCAUUGAAGUUCUCCUUCCAGUCCCCAGAGAAGUUGUAUCUUGUCCUCGCAUUCGUGAACGGUGGUGAAUUAUUCCAUCAUCUACAACGGGAGCAACGCUUCGAUAUCAACCGAGCUCGGUUUUAUACUGCGGAGUUGCUGUGUGCGCUUGAAUGUUUGCACGGAUUCAAGGUCAUUUACCGUGAUUUGAAGCCGGAGAAUAUCCUUUUAGAUUACACUGGUCAUAUUGCAUUGUGUGAUUUUGGACUUUGUAAACUCGAUAUGAAGGAUGAAGAUCGAACAAACACCUUUUGCGGUACACCCGAAUAUCUUGCUCCAGAAUUGCUAUUAGGCAAUGGGUAUACAAAGAGCGUAGACUUUUGGACGCUCGGAGUUCUACUCUAUGAGAUGUUGACUGGUCUGCCACCAUUCUACGAUGAAAACACAAACGAAAUGUACAAGAAAAUCGUCCAAGAACCAUUGACAUUCCCAAGCCACGAUAUCGUACCCGCCGCAGCUCGCGAUCUCUUGACCCGUCUUCUCGACCGCGACCCUCAGCGUCGUCUGGGCGCAAACGGAGCCGCAGAAAUCAAGGCACACCAUUUCUUCUCGAAUAUUGACUGGCGCAAGCUUCUGCAGAGGAAGUAUGAACCUACUUUUAAGCCCAGCGUGGUCGACGCCUUGGAUACGGAGAAUUUCGAUCGUGACUUUACAGAAGAAAUACCAGUUGAUUCAGUCGUCGAGGGUAACGCGCUUUCCCAGACCAUGCAAGAUCAGUUCGCAGGCUGGUCCUACAACCGACCUGUCGCAGGCUUUGGUGACGCCGGAGGCAGUGUCAGAGACCCAUCUUUUGCCAGCAUCCCUGAAUAA